AUGAAGUCGCCAGACGAGCAGGGUGAGGCGCAUGAGCGCAUCAGCCGGAUUUUGGAGAUUGUCAAAGGGGAGAAAAUGCCCAGUACAAAGACAGGAAAAAAACAGGAGAAACUGGAGAAACACCGCUUGCGAAAUGCCACGAAUUCCGAGCGCAAAGCUGGUGGAAACGGCACCGAGAAUCGCCACCGCGGUCGUGAAGGUCGUGAAGGUCGUGAAGGCGGCGAUGGUGAAACUGGUGCUGUGAGUCCCAAGGUUUGGAUGCGGAAAUCCGAAAUGCCUCCAGCUCCUAGUGCUUUGAAUGCCGCGGCGCCGGAAUUCACCCCCUCUUUUCAGAGCUUUCUCACACCAUCGACAGGGACCGAAUCGGACUAUGGCUGUGGAGUCAGUGGAUACUGCGACUCCUAUGACUGGACGCCGGCCGUGGCGACCUGGGAGCCGACCGCCACACUGCCGGAGGUUGUGCCUGGCACUCGUGAAGGAGAAUAUCUUGGCUUGCAAUGCAUCGCAGAGAUGGGUGAGUGGAUUGUUUUUCGUGAACGAAAAGACAACGCCAAGCCCUUCUUUUGGAACAUGUACACAGAGGAGAAAUCCUGGGAUGCCCCAGCGAUUCUCCAAGAGCUUGGUGUUGCAGAGGUACUGCAGAAGUGGUCCCAGGAUUUGGAUGCCUUUGGUAUCGAGCCAAGCCCAGCCUUGCGAAAUCCCCGGGUGCGAAAUCGAGAGCGGAACCGAGAGCGGAACCGAGUGGUGAUUCGUCCUUUCCUGGGACCAGAGGGCUUACAAGCCGUGCGGGAAGAGAUUCAGAAAGUAUGGACCUUGGAGUUCUCAUUGACGAAGGGACUUCCAUGUGGGAUCUCCCAGCGGAUUGGAUCCAUUGGAUUCAUUGUGGAGUUUUCCUCCAGGAUUUGGCACCACGCCUUUCCAAGGCCGCCAGCAUCGCACCGUGGCUUCAAUGCUUUUCACCGGGAGAUUUGUAGGCAAGCCCAUGGCCGAAAGGUGAAUUCUCGCGGCCUUCUGGUGUGUGCACAGCGCAGGUCCUACCACUUUGCUUCGCCUUCGUAUGUGUCAUCUUUUGGGGAAUUCCCUCCCGUGGAUGUGAAGACUUUGAGGAGUGACACAGUGAAAUACUUGGAGAAUUUUGAGUCGAAAGCUUGGUUUGACGACCCAGUGUGCACGUUGAUUCGCGGGCAAGCGCUUAAGAAGGGUGAUACCGUGGACACUGUGGACGCAUUCGGCAACAUCAAUGGCAAGCAAAUUUUGGCGACUCCAGAAGUUGUGAAUCAAGUUGUGGAUCACGUCAAGGGUUUGUCUCCUGGAAAGGACUACCGAGCUGCCAUUCGUCGCAUUGAAGAAAGACUUCUCUCUGAGCAUGCAGCUUUCCUCAUUGGCAAUCAAGCUCUGGACUUUUACAAACAAGAUGGAGUGACAGAGAUUGAAGAAUCCAUCGAAGCAAAUGUUGUGGAGAGGAAGCUCAACGAUUUACUUCUGGAAGAUGAGCUUGCAGGUCGGGUCCGAAUUCAAAGACAUACAGCGCUGGUGGGAUGUGUAUCCAACUUCAGCAAUUUCUUGGACCUUUGCCGCAAGAGCCUGAGAAAUAUCGAGCUGGGGAUCCCAGUGUUGAUACUCUCCAGGUCCAACACCACGCAGCAUAUCUAUCGUUGGGUGCAGCUUCUUCUAGAUGAGAUGCAGAAAGAAGGAGUGGACACGUCUUUGGUGAGUUACGUCUCUUGCAGCAUCGAAGAGCAGCGAAAGAUCAUGUCGCAGAUGAGUCAAAGUCCACUCUAUCUGACGGGAAGUCGAGAGGUUGCUGCAGCCAUUAAGGAGCUGAUGCCAUACACCUUCGCCAGUACAGGUGGCCCCAACACCAUGGUUGCUCCAAAACUUGAUAGCGAGAUCGAAGCAGCAGCCCGGAUGUCUAGUACCAUUGAGAACAGUGGCCAGUGCACAGCCAUGAGGCAUUUGGUGACAGAGUCAAUCCAGGCAGAAGAUUUGAAGAGAAUCUUUGGCCAAGUGGCAGUGACAGAUUCUUCUGCCGAGAGUCUGCGCAAGGGAGCUUUUGAUGCUUUGUUUCGCCAGUGGGCGGCAGGAUUUCAAGCGAAAGAUGGCUAUGAAGUUCUUCCCUCAGCGCCUGGGGCCCAACCCUUGGCAUAUCGAAUUGCCAAAGGCCUCACACCCAACGGAGUGGAGGAACACUGGCGGCGGGUUUACCUGGAUGUCAGUACACCACCCAGGGGAUCUGUGAAAGAUCCAGCCUUCCUGAAAGACCUGUCCAAGUGGUUGACGACAGAGCAGCCAAUUACACUUGCAGUGAAUGGUGAUGACCAGGGAUUCCCCAUCAUGCAACAACUCUUCGAGUCCACCGCUCAAGCCAUUUACAGUGUUGGCCGUGAGGGCAAACCUGCGCUCACAGCACAGGCAAGACCACAGGACGGAGAAAUCUUUGGCGAGUUCCCUCCACGUCGUGAGAUGCGAAAAUUCACCGCUGGCCCCGUUUUUGUUCCUUCCAGUACACCCACAUACAUGGCACGCUACGAGCCAAAGCACUUGGCGGAGGCUGCUCAACGAGAAAGAUCCCAAAGUAGUGGAGCUCGUCAGCUACUUCAAGCCGUGGGCAAGGCUGAGCUGCGCGGUUAUGCUGUGCUUUUAGCGGAAUAUCUCAAAGAGAGCUGUGGGGCCAAGCAGGGCUUUGGCAAUCGCACCACUCUGUGGGGACUUCAGCGUCCGCCUCUGCGUGAUGUUUCCACUCUACUCCGUGUGCGAGCUUCGGACGAGUUGGACGCGGUCAUCUUGCAUCUCAUGCCUUUCCUGCUGACCAAUGCCAAGGAAGGCUUGGCGAUUUCUAUUGCAGCUGAUUGCAGCGCGGAGAUGAAACAAGCCAUCAGGAAAGCAUGUGAAAAUGUGCCAUGUCAUGAGGAAGACCAUGGCUCUUUCGAGCAGCGCUGCCAGAGCAGCGAGCCAUGGAAUAGCGUCGAUGUUGAUCCAGCUGUGGUGGAGGAGCUUCCACUCGUGGAUCAUUUCGUCCUGAGGCUGCUGCCGAUGGGACACAUCAAGUCAGCCUGUCAAGAUGACAAGGACUUUGUGAAAGCCUUCGAGAACUCGCCCAAGUGGCUGAAGUUCACUGCAUGCCUCACCGAAAUUGGUGUGCCUUGGUGUGUUGGCGACAAUCGGAAAAACCAUCGGAAACUGCGCGGAACUUUAGCAGGUCAAGUAAAGGGCAUCUCGCCAGCUCGGUCUCAGGGCUUGAUUGUGUCAGAUUCUGAGCUGCCAGCCUUGGAGGCACUGGCAGCAGUUUUUGCGUCUCAGACUGAGGACGCGAAGCUCACGUCUGCAGAAUACCGUGAGUUGGUCCAAGAGGUCACAACGUGUGGGGAGCUUUGCGAUCGCGUUGACCUUGCAACGCAGGUCUACGCAAAAGGCUCUCAUCUCCUCUGUCAUGAUGAUGUGAUUGGCACUCGAAAGGUUGUUCCCUCUUCGCCAGUUCCAAAGCCAGCUCAAAGCGCGAGGUUUUUCAAUCGGCAGAGCUUCAGGGAGUGCGGCUUUGUGCUGGGUCUGGUGGGAGUUCUCUCUGCUGGAAGCAAAGGCUCAAGAGGCUCAAGUCGUCUGGCACGAAAGCAGGGUGCCAAAAGCGAGGAGUUGUCUCAUGAGGAUUAUGACAUUCUACUGAUGAAGGCAGGUUUGAGAAACCUUCUGGGUGUGGAAGAGAAUCGAAUGGCAAGGAAGCUGGAGGAAGCCUGCAAAGCUUCGAAAGAUUUGGAGCGCUGUUUGUCAGACCAAGAGGUCACUCACAAAGUCCUUCAGGACGAGGUGGAAGAUCUCACAAUGCGACUGUCGGCAGUGCAGUCGGACAACGAUGCCCUGAGGGCAGAAAAUCAAGAGCUGGCUAAGCAGGUGAGCACAAUGAAGGAAGCUGGUGCAGUGAUCAAGGCCAAAAACUCUGAGCAAUGGGCAGCCCAAAAGGCUGCUGAAAAUGAACGUGACAAGGCAAUACUGGAGCUGAAUAACAUGAAAGACCAGGCAGAAGCCGCACAGAUCAAGGCUGACAGCCAGGUGAAACGCUCCAAGGCGGAGCUUGAAGCCAUGCGAGCCGAGAUGAAAGAGUUGAAGGCAGAGCUGCAGGAGGCCAAAACCUGGCUUCAUCAGGAGAAGACAGUGAAGGUGAGAGGCGAAUGCCAGAGCCCGCCAGUCUGCGAGGUGUCUUUCAUCUACUACAUGACAGAUCCUGAAGAGGAGAUCCUGGAAUUUUCUGCUGCCAUUGCUGCCAUUGCUGCUGUUCAUCCCAUUGCGGGUCAACAUUCACCAGCCAUGGGCAAGCGUCGUGGCUGUCCAGCCUGGGCCAAAGUGACCAGCAGGGGUGGUCUUCCCAAAGGAUGCUUGGACAUGCCAGAAGCGGCGGAUGGUUCAUACCCAACAGGAAUCACAUCACAGAGAGCAGAUUUUAUCCAACUGCCCAAAGUGGAUGAUGCUGCUCCUGCCGGAUGCUAUUCUGGAUGUCCUGCGCAACAUUUGAAGUUGCAGCCGAAGUUCUCCCUGUUUGAAUGGACCGAAAAGGUGACUCCUCUGGUCACGUCAACUACAACUCCGUUGCCAACGCCAUCUGUUCCGGCCGAAUGUGGAAGGAGCGCAGAGAUUUUCCUCGGUACAGUCGGUGCAGACAUCGCCGAAGCCCGCUCCAAUCCGGCGCAUCCAGCGUGCUUGGCAUUUGAGGUGAACGCAUCAAGACCUUUGAGUGAAUUCCGCGUUACCGGGGGCUCAACGAGCUCAACUCGUGGUUGUCCACGCUGCAAAGAAAAGGGCAACAAGUCCUUGUCCAAGCUAGGUGCCUUGAGUUUUGGAGCUCCAACUGAGUUAACUGCCUCCGUUUCUACCUGCAUGUCAAGCUGGUCAAGAGUUAAAUGA